AUGCAUAUUCUGAUAGUCAACGAUGACGGGCCUCCUUCGGCCUCAUCGCCCUAUUUUGCGCCCUUCCUCGCCGCGCUCCACGCCGCUGGUCACACCACCGUUGUCGUCAUCCCUGAUCGCCCUCUGUCCUGGAUCGCAAAGGCCCACCCCGUGGGGAAGACGUUGACAGCGACGCCUUAUCUUCCCAUGGUCUCCGCUCAUGAAGAGCGCCGACCAGCCGACGGAUCUUACGAUCCCACCAAGCAUUGGCUUCUCGUCGAUGGCCCGCCCGCCAGCUGCGUCCAGCUCGGUCUCUUCCACACUGGGUCAGGCUCCGCCUUUGACCUCGUUAUCUCCGGCCCCAACCAUGGGCGAAACUCGGGCGCGCUGCACACGUUGAGCAGCGGCACUGUCGGUGGUGCUCUCGAGGCUGCUCUUUGUGGCCGCCGGGCGAUCGCCCUGAGCUUUGGCAGCAAGGAGGUGCAGCCCGACAGGCGUACUGCCGACGCCUGCUUGCGGUCGUGCGCACUCGUCGAGGAGCUAGCACGUGAAUGGGCGCCGGGCGUCGAGCUAUACAGCGUCAACGUGCCCAUGGUUGACAGCGUGACAACGUGUCCCGCUCGCUACACCAAGGUGGCAGCGAACCGUUGGAGCAAGGGGAGCCUGUUCGCGCCAGAGGAGAGCCAGGAGGAUGCCAAGGGGACACUUCGAUUCAGGUGGGCUCCCGACCUGGCUGACGUGCAUCGCUCCGCGGGGGUCAGCAAGGCAGGGGAGGAUUUGUGGUGCUCUCUGAAUGAGAGCAUCAGUGUGACGCCGCUCAAAGCCGACUUUGCCGUUGCUCCGACGCAGGGAGAGGCACCGCAAGGAUUACUGUUGCGGUAG